AUGGAGGAUCCUUAAUUUUUGAAAGUUAAAAUUAUUGAUUUUGGAUUAUCAUGCAAAAUAAAUGACAAAGUUAAACUGAAUCAGCGAUGUGGAACACCAGGAUAUAUAGCCCCUGAAGUCUUGAACAAUGAAGGUGCCUCCCCAGAGAGUGACAUUUUUAGUCUCGGAUGCAUGCUAUAUAACAUAUUAAGUAGGAAAAAUUUAUUUGAGGGUUUAGAUACUAAAGGGAUUAUUAGAUCAAAUCGAGUAGAUAAUCCGAUCGCAAAAUUGCUUAGUUUAAAAAAUAGACACCCUUGGUUCUAGAAGUCUUAAAACAAAUUAUCUGUCCAAUAAAUUAACAAUGACAAAGUGGCUUUAGAACAAAGAAAAUGA